AUGCCAAUCGACACCGUUCCAGAGUUCUUUGGGGUGAUCGUCACUGCUGUCCUGUUCAUUACCGGUCCCUCGUAUGCCCUCCGACUUACCUCCCGCAUCUUUGUCCCCUACCCCCUCGACGAUAUCGCCGCCAUCACCUACCCCAUUAGCCCCAUUUCCAAUGAGGUCCUUGAUGAUACUCCAAUAAUUGUAGACCUCGAAGAGCCCGCACCACCACCACCACCACCACCAUACGAGGCCUACGUUCUGCCUUCAUACCCCCUGAUGCCACCCGCAUACACCGUCGAGUCCAUUCCCGCCGCUGCCUGA